CAUCAAAUUAAAUCCAGCUGUUCACAAUAGCCACUAACUUCUCUCCGGAAGAUGUUCAAAGUUUACAGCUGCACUGUGCAUGGAGGAUGGGCUGCGGGCCUGUGCCAGCUCCCCACUGCCCUCCCCCAGCUGCCAUCUCCUGUGUGCACACAACUAAUGCAAGCUGCUGUGCACACAACUAAUGCAAACGUUGGGUUUGAGGAUGAUGAUGAUGGUGAUACGAGCUUCAUCCCUCUCAAGGUGAAGGCACUGGGCAGGACCCUGUGCCUCCCUCCCUAAUGGGAAUGGACUUCCCCCAUGACUUCCAACAGGGACAAUAGAUGGGUUGGGCAGUACCAAGAGAGAUUGGACAGAGAGUGGUGCUCUGCCAUGGACAUGCUUCGCUCACCCGCUUUGCUUGUCUGAGGUAGCAGCAUGCAGUGAGGUGAUGCUGAGCCUAACUAUCCCUUUCUGGGAAUAAAUUGGUACAGCACUCAGUGCUGCGCUGUUUUUGCAUGGCCUUGGUCUGUAGGCUGUCCCAAGUGGGUUGGUGACAUUGGAGACCUCAUAGCAGUGACCCCACUGUCCCUAGCUUAGGAAAUCAGGCUGGAAAGGUUGCAUUCUGCAAGCCUUCCUGUGACCCUGCAAGCCUUUUCCUAUGAGUUUGGGGGGUUGGCUGUUGCCCUCUUUGCUGCAUGCCCCUUGGUUUCCUGUUCUGUGCAGUGUUGUGCUCACCCCACAGUGUUGGUGGAGGCAGCAGUGCAGCUGCUCCAGGGUAGGGUUGGGUUUCUUGGGGGCGGAGGUGACUGGGAAGGGGGCGAGUGUGAAAUGCACUGAAGCCUUCCUCCUCCUUUUCCUCCUGCUCUUCCUCCUCCUCCUCUUCACCCAGCAGUCUCCAUCCCUAAGAAGAUGUUCUCCCUGCAGUGGGGUCAGCAGCACCCAAACCUCCUCCUCCAUGGGAGGAGUGUAUCCUGAGGGGGACCUCUCCCACCCAGCAAGAGGACAUUGCCCCAUGUGUGUGCACAGAGUGCACACAGUGCCCAUGUGUGUGCACAGAGCCCUGGUACCCACAGCUCUCCCUUGCCCAUGGUGGCAAUGGGUCUUGGGGUCCUGGACCAGUGGCCACCCUGAGCUAAAUGUCCCCAUGCAUACCAGGAUGGGCACAUUUUGGGGUGGGAGCAAAGCAAAUUCCUUCAUAUGUUGUCCCGUCCAUGUUCCGGGUCACCUGGUGCUGUGGAUGUCACGGGGUGGCCAUGGUGGUGGCCCGUCUUCAACCCCAACCCUGUUGUUUUCAUUGCUCUCGUUUCAUAACACAGAGAGUAAUUAAUGCCGUCAAAGCUUUCUAUUUAUGACCUGACGGGUGCAACGCCCUGGCUGGGCAGGGUAAUUGGGGCAAGGAGGGACAGAGGAUGGAGUACAGUGUCCAUCUGUCCCAUGUCCCGGUCCCAGGGCCUUGGGUGAAACCAGCGUAGGUCCUCCAGCAGCCAAAAACCAGUGUGGUUGGGGAUGGAGGAAGAGGAGGAGAUAGAGGACUCUUCUGCGUGCCAGCAAGGAGCAUCUUACCUGAUGCACCAUGAGCUUCACCUGGGUUUUGUCCCUUGACCAUGCCCUAAUUUUCCAGGGACACAUCAAUGAGAUUUCCCCAUCAUUUGCCCUCAUGAUUUGAAAUGGAGCAUCCUUGACUAGUGCAGUGAUGGCAGCUUUUUGGGGAACUGUGCUGAGGCCUGCAGAGUGGGUUCACAGUGGGUACCCCAUAGAUGGGCACCUUAUGGUUGGGUGCCCCACAGAUGAGCAUCCCAUGAUCGGAUGGCCCUGGUGGCACCACAGACCCCGGUGGGACACUGCCACGUGGCCUCCUGUGGUUUCCCUGCUCUGAUUGCUUCCUGAGCCGUCUGCCAAACCGGAAGGGACAGGAAGCGAUAGAGGAAAGGAAAUUAGUCAGGCUGCUCUGUAGGGAUACUGGGGGCUCGGCUGCUUCCAUGCCCCCAGCCCAUGCAGGAAUGCCCAGGGGCCUUGAUGUCCCAUGGGGUUAUUGGUGGCCCCGUGGCAUAGCCCUGGGUGGAAGGGAGCAGGGGAAUCCCACAGUGCAGCCCCAGAGCUGCUGGGAGGAAGAGAGUGGGGUGAGCAAAGCUGUGCCACCUCCAGCCCCAGUGCCCACAAAGGGUCAUUGCACAGUGAGCAUCAUGGUUUGGUGUGCAGCAUGGGAUAUCGGUGAACAGGGGAACAUCUUCCCAUUGCUGGGGUCUUCUUAUGAGACCGUGGGUUGUUGAAACAUUGGUCAUGUUCUCGCUGCAGGUGGUGCUCCCCUGCUCCACUCCCAGCCCCAUGGAAUGUGUCAUGGUGUGGGUGACCCUGUGCUCCUCUCAUCAUCGAGGAGCAUAUGGACAUUGCCUACAGACUGUCUUCUGGUGUCUGGGUCGGCUCUUGCAUUGCACCCAAUGCAAUGGGGCUUCUGCUUUGGGGUUUAUUGGCUCGGGGUUAUGCAGAGCCAAAGGGGGCAGCCCCUCUUGGCACCCCUGGUGUCCUCCUCGGGGCACAUCACAGCCAUUCUGCCUCAGUGUCUGAGCAGCACAGCCCAACGGAGCGAUUCCCUCUGUGACACAAAUGGUGAUGAUCCUGUGUUUCCCCCCCACCCCUCCCCACCAAGUGUCAGCACCGCAGCAGUUGCUGUGCAGGUGAGGCUGCGCCCGCCCUGAUGCCUGCCCCAACUUGUUGCUGAACUUUUAUCCUUUUGCUAUGGGGUCCAGGCAGGGAGGGCUGGCUUGCCCCCAUCCCUUGUGCAGGGAGGGAGUAAGGUGGUGGCUGUAGCCCUUUGUGCUGCAUCUGCUUGUGCUCAACUGUGUGUGUCCCCAGUGUGGAGUCCUGGGGCUGCUCCCCAUGGAGUUGGGGAAGCUCGAUGUGAGCAGGGAGCAGAGCCACCUCGAUGCCACCAGGAGGGCAGGGAUGGCUGUGGCAAGCAAGGAGCAAGAUGAGGGCGGCGCUGGUCCCUGUGUCAUGAUGAUAGCCACCAUAGGAUGGCAUCUACCUCCAUCCAUUCUCUCUUGUUUUGGGCAGGCCCCAAAUCCUGGCUUUCUGCUCCACACAAUUGGGAUGUGGGACUGGAGUGAUGUGUGGUGUGGGGGAAUGGUUUUGGGGCUAAGCAUGCUGGGGAGAAGAGUAUGCACCUUGCCCCCAAGCUCAGUAGCUCUGCUGGGGAUGAGGUGCCAUUCCAUGCUCCCCAUUCUAUCCCCAUGCUCCCAGCCACAUCCCUGUGCUCCCAGCCCCACGCAUACUGUGCCCCACAAUCCUUACCCCAUCAGGUUCUGCUGCUCUUGCCCCCGCUGUGCACUGCCAGCACUCUGCUCCUGACCUGGGCAUUUGGGCACUGCCACUGUGUCCUAAAUAUUUUCAUUCCCCAAUCUGUGCACCCGCUCUUUGUAACCCCUUGGGCAAAGCUUUUGAUGCCACAGGUUUUGGCAGGGAUUUCUCAGAGUUUUAGGACUGAGGACCCUCACCUUGGCGAGCCCUUGAGCUGCACUGGGGCCAAGCUUGGGGUGAGCAUGCAGCCCACAGGAAUGCCACAUCUGUCUCCAUCUCCCAGUUUCACCUUGGCCAUGCCCUGGUGGCCCCCUCCAUGCCCACUGUGAGCACCCAUCCUGCACCCUCCUGGUACCCCAUGGUUGCCAUGGUGCAACAAGCAUCCCUUUGUCGUGUGGCUGUGAACGUCUCUGCUAAGGUGCCAGGGUCCCUGUGGGAGGGAGGCUCAGUCCCUGUCCCAAGCAGAAGCCAGGAGGAGGGACACACUCAGAUGUUAUUAUUCCUGCAGCUCCAGUCCCUCCCAGCCUUGAUCAGGUUGCCGCGUGUCCGUGGGGGCUCGGGCUGAGAGCCCAGAGCAGCCAGCACCAUAGCGUCCAACAGCUGGAACGCCAGCAGCAGCCCCGGAGAGGGGCGGGAAGAUGGCCAGGACGGGAUGGACAAGAGCCUGGACAACGAUGCCGAGGGAGUAUGGAGCCCGGACAUCGAGCAGAGCUUCCAGGAGGCUCUGGCAAUCUACCCCCCCUGUGGCCGGCGGAAAAUCAUCCUCUCGGAUGAAGGCAAGAUGUACGGUCGCAACGAAUUGAUUGCGCGCUACAUCAAGUUGAGGACAGGGAAGACACGGACAAGGAAGCAGGUGUCCAGCCACAUCCAGGUUCUAGCUCGGAAGAAGGUGCGGGAGUACCAGGUUGGCAUCAAGGUCUCUAGCCACUUGCAGGUUCUUGCCCGACGGAAAUCUCGGGAGAUUCAGUCCAAGCUGAAGGCCAUGAACUUGGACCAAGUCUCCAAAGACAAGGCUCUGCAGAGCAUGGCGUCCAUGUCCUCCGCUCAGAUUGUGUCGGCCAGCGUCCUACAGAACAAGCUCAGCCCCCCCCCUCCUCUUCCUCAGGCCGUCUUCUCUGCUGCCCCUAGGUUUUGGAGUGGGCCAAUCCCAGGGCAGCCUGGACCCUCUCAGGACAUUAAACCAUUUGCACAACCAGCUUACCCCAUCCAGCCACCCAUGCCUCCAUCACUAGCCAGUUAUGAACCCUUGGCCCCGCUACCACCAGCUGCCUCAGCCGUGCCGGUCUGGCAGGACCGCACCAUCGCCUCUGCCAAGCUGCGGCUCCUUGAGUACUCUGCCUUCAUGGAGGUGCCACGGGAUGCCGAAACGUAUAGCAAACACCUCUUCGUGCACAUCGGGCAGACGAACCCCUCGUAUAGUGACCCGCUGCUGGAGGCUGUGGAUAUCCGCCAGAUCUACGACAAGUUCCCUGAGAAGAAGGGUGGCCUCAAGGAGCUCUAUGAGCGUGGGCCCCAGAACUCCUUCUUCCUCGUCAAGUUUUGGGCGGAUCUGAACAGCACAAUCCAGGAUGGGCCAGGGACUUUCUAUGGUGUCAGCAGUCAGUACAGCAGCGCAGAGAACAUGACCAUCACAGUGUCCACCAAGGUGUGCUCCUUUGGGAAGCAGGUUGUGGAGAAGGUGGAGACAGAGUACGCACGGUUGGAGAACAGCCGCUUUGUCUACCGCAUCCACCGCUCCCCCAUGUGCGAAUACAUGAUCAACUUCAUCCACAAACUCAAGCAUCUCCCGGAGAAGUACAUGAUGAACAGCGUCCUGGAGAAUUUCACCAUCCUGCAGGUUGUUACCAACAGGGAUACCCAGGAAACCCUGCUCUGCAUCGCCUUCGUGUUUGAGGUGUCUACCAGCGAGCACGGUGCCCAGCAUCAUGUCUACAAAUUGGUGAAGGACUAGGGGCCCUUGGGAUAGGCAGGGGCUUGAGGGACACAGGGACGCGGGGAGGUUGUGCAAAAGUGACGCCUGUUGUGCCCCCCGGCCCCACUGGGAGACAUUGGAAGAGAGGAGGAGGAGGAGGAGGAGGAAUAAGAAGAAAAGCAAUAGCCAAAAAAGACUGACUUGCGAUUGCAGAUGUUUUCUACUUUAGGAACAGUUUUUAAAUAAAUAAAUAUAUUAAAAAAAGAAGAAGAAGAAGAAGAAGAAUGAGAAUGAGAAUGAGAAUGGAAAUGUAGGGAGGAAGGAGAGGAGCCCAUGUCCAGCACUGGAUGGGGAAUGCAGUGGUGCCGAUGAACCAGGACCGUGCAGGAUGUUGGAGCGGUGGGUGGUGCUGCUUUUGCCUCCCUGUCCAGGUCCCUGCGUGGUGUCACUGAGUCCGUGGUGAUAUCCAUGGAACAGUGGUGUAACCCGGCACUGGGGGUGGUGGUGAGGACAUGGAGACAUCCCCGUGAGCCCAGGGCAGAGGUGGGAUCAGAUAGGAGCAGGGCAGGGGUGGUGGCCCUAAGCAGGAGAAAUGAACAGGAGAAAAGUUGCAUUGAGCCUUGAUGAGGAUGGGUGUUCCUCAUCCUGUCCUGGCAGUAUUGGGAGUGGGAGGGCAUCAACGACGCAAAGCGUUGUUUAAUGGCUUUUUUUUUUUCUUUUUUUUUUUCUUUUUUUUUUUAAUUAAAAAGUGCUUUUUAAUACUGUGCUCAGAAUUGAGCUUCUUCCAUCCUGUGCCACUCCACAGUGCCCAGGACCCCCUGCUGUCACCUCUGGUGCUUGUGGCCGGAGCUUACCAUGGGGCUCGUGGUCACCACAAUUGCUGUGGUGUUUGUGCAUACUUCCAGGAAUUGCAUUCAGGCUUUUCUCCAGCCCCAGCACUCCUCGCUGUGUUUUGCCAUGGUGCAGUGGGUUUGCUUGAUUUAUUUUGCAUCUGUACAUUUUCCAUCUUUUUUUGGCCCAUUUUUCUGUUUUGACAGUUCUGAUAUUGGCUUUUUCUCAGUGGGAAGCAGCCGAGUUGGGAGGAUCAUGGAGCUGAGCUGUGAAUAGGAAGAGGAGGGGAUAGAGAGGG